AUGAAUCUUCGCGGGGUGACUGCAACUGCGGUUGCCAUUCUGGAGUCUCGCUUUGUGCGCAUCCGUAGCCGCAAGUUUCAGAAGAUACGGCUUGUCUGUAGGCGGUGUUCUUGGUCUUCAACAGCAACCGGGGUGUGCAGGGGAGUCGAGCAUGCCGUGCAUUUUGCGAACCCCAAUGCCUCAGAUGUCCACAAGUAUUUGGAGUCUCGCGAGCUUGACUAUGAUGAGAAGAGAGCAAAGGCUCUGGCAAAAUACAAGGAUGGUGGCAGCAGGACCAAUGCCUGCAGCAACCCGAGCCAUGUGACUCAGCAAGAGUUGAAGGUCUUGAACGCGCAGAAGAAUCCGGCGGCUCAGCUUUGGUGGGAGCUUCUCAAAACUCCGGAGUCGCGAGCAAUGCUUCCCGGUGAUGCGCAGCCUCGGCCUGUGCUGGAUCAAGAAGGUCUUGAGAGACUACACGCUUUGAGCAUCUUUCACAGUCACCAGUCCUUUAUGUCCGUGGAAAACGACAUGACAAAGCUGUUUUUCAAGAACCUGGCGCCUAACUACAAAUGCCCAACCCGGUUUAAAGUUCGAGAUGUUUUGGAUUCCACAGCGGCGGAGAUGGAGGAAUUUCAGAAGAAGCUUCUACUGAAGGGUCCUUUUUGUCUUUGCACCGAUGGCGCGACGAUUGCUGGCCCCGGCUUUUUGAACGUCGGCAUCAUGGAUUCCAGCGGCAUGUGCUUCCAUUUGGACCACAUUUCGAUGAUUGAUCGCGAGAGUACGGCGAUUGGAUUGGCUGAAGUGCUUCGGCCAUGGACACGCCACAAAAGCGUGUUCGGAAUCUGCGCGGACAAUGCGGCCAACAUUCAGGCCGCACUUGCCAUCCUGGCUGCCGAGCGUGCAGACUUUGCGGUCCCUCUACGCUGCAUGGAGCACGGCAUGCAGCUAUUACUCAAAGACGUGCGAGCUGCGAUGCCAUGGUUGGAAAAGGCCACCAAGGAGGUCAAUGCUGCAAUCCGCACGGUGCGCCGCUCCAAGAAGUUUUUCGGGAAACUCAAGGCUUCUGGAUUGGUUCUCCAACACCGGCGAAAAACUCGCCACAACUCGUGGUCCACGAUGGCCGUCAGAUGGGUACAACACCGGGCAAAAGUUGCCGAGCUACUUCGCAAGGAGGGCGGCCCUGAGAAGCUUGGACACUCGGUCAAGCAGCGCAACAAGCUGCAGAGGGCUUUGUUGGCGCUUGAACGCCGCGGUCUUGAAGCCCGCGUCCGACGUGCCGUGCCAGUCUUGUGGGCGGUGACCUCCGCCUCCAAGCUCUUCGCUUGCGGCAGACUACCUGAGGCGCUUGGCGUUUGGACCCUUUUGAAGACUCGCCUCAACGAGGCCCUGGAGACGUGCGACUUCAGAGACACCGGCGAGAACAGUGGAACGGUCGCUCUCCGGAAGAAGGCGGUUCUAGAUGUUUAUGGGCGAAGGCGAGAGCAAUUUGUCACAGACAUAGUGCUUGCGAGCGCCGUGUUUGACCCACGCCCUCUUUCUGGUCUUGAAGAGCCGGAUCACAUGCAUGCAGCUUUUGUGAUGGCACGAAGGCUUCUACCCACGAAGUUUUUCGACUCGACCGAGGUUCAGGAGGCAUGUGUGUCCGACUUGGACGACUACCGCGCGAAGAAAGGCUUGUUCAGGGACGCGGAGUUCCCACACUCGGAUGCACCGCUGGCAGAGGUGCUGGGGUUGGGGGAGCGAAAAUGA